UUCUGGCCCCCCCCCACAACACCCCCUCCCAGAGCUGGGGAGGACCCAGGUGUCCGGGCUCCCGGCCCCCUGCUCUCACCCCCACAGAGGCCUAGGGGACAUGGGGGGUACAGGGGGGGCUUCUCCCUGCGGGGCCCCCAGGUGUCCGGGCUCCCGGCCCCCUGCUCUCACCCCCACAGAGGCCUAGGGGACAUGGGGGGUACAGGGGGGGCUUCUCCCUGCGGGGCCCCCAGGUGUCCAGGGUCCCGGCCGCCUGCUCUCACCCCCAUAGAGACCUAGGGGACAUGGGGGGUACAGGGGGGGCUUCUCCCUGCGGGGCCCCCAGGUGUCCAGGGUCCCGGCCCCCUGCUCUCACCCCCAUAGAGACCUAGGGGACAUGGGGGGUACAGGGGGGGCUUCUCCCUGCGGGGCCCCCAGGUGUCCAGGGUCCCGGCCCCCUGCUCUCACCCCCACAGAGGCCUAGGGGACAUGGGGGGUACAGGGGGGGCUUCUCCCUGCGGGGCCCCCAGGUGUCCAGGGUCCCGGCCCCCUGCUCUCACCCCCACAGAGACCUAGGGGACAUGGGGGGUACAGGGGGGGCUUCUCCCUGCGGGGCCCCCAGGUGUCCGGGGUCCCUGUCCGGGGGGUCCCCCCUGUCCCUAAGGAGUGGGGGAGGGGCGGGCACUGCGGCCACAGCCCGAUAUAGUAACAGGCGGACGGACACGGGUGGCUGCGGCGGCUCGGAUAACCCACCCCCGCCCCCACCAUGGCGGCCCCCGGGCUCUGGGCUUUCGACUACGAGAUCUACGGGGAUGUGCAGGGUGUCUUCUUCAGGAAGUACACGGAGGAGCAAGGCCGGAAGCUGGGCCUGGCGGGCUGGGUGCGCAACACGCCGCGCGGGACGGUGACGGGGCAGGUGCAAGGGCCCAAGGACAAAGUGGAGAUCAUGAGGAACUGGCUGCGCAGCGUGGGCAGCCCCAUGUCCCGCAUCGACCGGGCCGUCUUCUCCAACGAGCGGGAGGUCCGUGCCCUGGAGUUCACCGGCUUCAGCACCAAGUACUAGCCCGGCGCCCCAGCCCUGCCCGCUGCCCCGGAGCAGGGUCCCUGCCUGUCCCCGCGCUGUGCUGGGGACUCAGUAAAGGAGAGAGCAAAACCCA